UCUAGUGUUAGUUCUAGUUUUAGUUGUUAUUCAGCGCUAGAUUGUUAUAUAUUUUUCUAAUAGAAAACGCAACGGUGUGGAUAGAUGUCUGAAUUUCUAUGCAUUAAAAUUAUUCAGAUAACGGAUUUUUGGCUAUAACGGAUACGUAUUAAAAUACUCCGUAUUAAAUAUGCGAGAUAGUUGAGUGUAGACCACUUUCAGUUAAUUUUGGCUGUUUUAAAUGAUAUAUUUUUUGGAAAACAUUAUUAAAUUUUUUAAAAUUUUAUUUACUUUUUUUGUCUGUGCAUGGAAAAUUUGAAGGCGGAUUCCGAUUUUCCGCAAACGAUGAAAGCUCCGCCUUUCCUCCGGGGUGGCUCCACCCAUUUUCCCGGAACGUAGUGACGCCGUCAAAGGCACUGAGAUCCCCAGUACAAGUCGGAACCGACGCCGCCGUCGCCACCACCGUCAACGGCGUCGCAUAAAAAGUAUCAUUUUUAUUAGUUUUUAUCAAAACUCUUACAAACGAACGCACGCGCUACUACAUUUUUUUCUCCACAAUCUCUUUUUCCUUCUCAACAUCCCAUCAGUGAUUUUUGGUGUUAAAAGCGAAAUCGUUUAGUGUUGGUUGUUAAAGUAAUCUUAAGUGCGAUUUUUUUAUUGGUGAAGUGGUGGUCAUGAAGGUGAAAUUGUUAAGGCAUUUGUUUGGAAUUUUUAUACUUUUUAGUGCAGUUUUGUGUAGAAAACACUCGGAACCAUACUACGGAACGAAGAUCGGUAGAUUUGAAACGUUCGCUCAUAAUGUUAGAGGAACCGUAUACGCAGUCGAUUACCGAACUUUAUUCAUUCAUCGAUUUUCGUACGAUGGAACCGCUGAAGAUACAUAUUUUUGGGUUGGAAAUACGCUAAGGCCAAGUCCACAAGGAAAUAUAGUUAGUUAUCCAGACGAAUAUGAUGGAGAGGAAUCACCACCUCUCGGUGAAUUUAGUAACAGUGAUCUUAUAUUACGACUUCCGGUUGGAAUCAGAAUUAAAGAUAUCAAAUGGCUAUCAGUUUGGUGUAGAAGAUUUACCAUUAAUUUUGGUGAAGUUUUUAUUCCUCAAGACCUCGACAUACCAAAAGUUCGAAUCCUCCCUGAAUUUAAACGUUUUGCUCACGGUUUACGUUCGGAUAAUAUCAGCAUUCUAGACGCGAAAACCUUUUAUAUCCCAAACCUCCAUUAUGAUGGCGCUGGUCCCGCGGCUUAUUUUUGGGUUGGAAACGGCUCCGAACCGCAUCGAAUGGGCAUUAAAGUACCGAAUGAACUAAAAAGUUUAGAACCAUUAAGAGCUUAUCAAGGCGAAGAUAUCGAGAUACAACUUCCUGGUUCUUUAACCGUUUAUGAUAUCGAUUGGUUUUGUAUUUGGUGUAUUCAAUAUACGCAAAAUUUUGGGCACGUUAUGAUACCGAAAGAUCUUGAUGUUCCACCAGCCUUGAAUCAAACUAAAAUAUCGCCUCCUUGGUGGUACAACCCGACCGUUCCAACUCUUGGACCAACCAGAUCAACAUCGAAUUGUCGCCAAUUUUUGGAUAAACGCCUCCAAGUUCGUUGGACCUUAUUAGAAGACAAAAUCAAGGUCACUUUAGAUGCGAGAAUAGAAGACGACCAAUACGUAGCUUUUGGAUUAUCCGGUGAUCAACAUCAUUCAAAAAUGAUUGGUGGUGAUGUAACUGUUGUUUUUUACGAUACCCAUGAUGAAAUGUUUAAAGCCGUUGAUUAUUACAUGUCAACAACUGCGCAAUGUGAUGGAAAAACAGGUGUUUGUCCGGAUGAGGUAAUCGGGGGUCGAAAUGAUGUCGUUUUUAUUUCCGGCGAAAAAAGCGAUGGUGUCACCUCGAUAACUUACACGAAACCUUUACAAACGAACGAAGCGGUUAAUGACCGAGCGAUUCCAAGCCGAGGAAACGUAAGUGUUAUCGCAGCAAUUGGACGAUUAAAUUCAAAAGGCGAAGCAAACGCUCAUGAUCCAAAUGAUAAAACAAUGGAAGAUGUAAAAAUCGAUUUCAGUCAAGUUUACGAAGCGUGUCCCAGCAUUUACGAUAUAUUAGAUGAAAAUAAAACGAAACCAUUCGAAAUGAAUAAAAUUUCGGAUAGAUCAACGUUUUAUGCAAAAAUUGGACCUACUGGUGGUAAGAAAGGUUACUCUGCGAUUACGGGGUUACCAUCGUGGGGUAUUUCCUGGUACAUUGAUGGGUUACUUAUACCGGAAUUAACUUUGGUUAGGGGAAAAACUUACACUUUUAUCGUCGAGGGCGGUGAUGAUUCAACGAAUAAAGCUCGUUAUCAUCCGUUUUAUAUAACAUCUUCCCCGGAAGGCGGUUAUGGGCAAAAAUUACCUUCGCAACAAAGGAAAGAAAAAUUAUAUGCGGGAGUUGAUUUCGACCAACAAGGACAUCCUUACCCCACUGCGACAGGAAGAUAUUGUGAAUAUGCUCAUAUUACCGUUGAUAGAGCCGAAGAAUUCGAUAAAUUCGAAGAUUAUAAACAAACAUUAAGAUUGACUUGUGAAGAAGGUGAACCGGGGAUGUUAAAUUUUACAGUUCCAAUUGAGGCACCCGAUACACUUUAUUACCAGUGCUACGUUCAUUUUAAUAUGGGAUGGAAAAUAAACGUGGUAGACGCAAGUUCAACAUCAGUUCAUUUACCCUACAAUUAUUUAAUUUUAAUAACUCUGUCUGCUUUAACGGCGCCGUAUAACUCGCGAAUUUUCUAACAUACAAGCGAAGCCGACGGACAAAAAGAUGGGGUAAAUUAGAUUGAAAGAGAAUAAUAUUUUUGAAGAGCGAAAAAAAAAAUGAAAUGGUAACGAUGACAAUAAUAAUAUACAA